AUCUCGAAAGGUCACACAAUGGCGGUUGCACAACUUUUCAGCUCAUCUACUGGCUUUAAACAUCACACUAAACUGUAAGGUUUUACGUGAGAGCAGAAUUAGCAUGUGAAUGGUGUGUCCUCUGCAUGAACCCGUGUCAGAUGUCUUCAUCAGUGACUCGUCGCACACUUCACGCGGAGAGCAGCGCGUCUUCUCUCGUGGCGUCCGUGAACACAAGCUGAACUUUAUACAACUCUCAGAAAGACCUCACGACGCAAGCAUGUUAGGGACGAGUUCUGUAAAGGUUUUAUUGCUGGCAGUUGCAGUUGGUGUGUAUCUCAUUCCCUCUCCUAUCGAUCCCGAGCCGUACACAUUCGAGGACCCCCCGCCUGCUCUGGACGGCCCUCUGGCAGUAAACACACGAUUACAGAGAGGUCGACGGCUGUUUUCCGGUCAACUCAAAGGCCCGGAGUCUUUCACGGCUGACCAGAAAGGAAACAUCUACACUGGCACCGUCGACGGCAAGCUGUGGAGAAUCAGCAAUGAAUCCCUCACUUUCAUCACUCAGACGGGCCGAAACAUCCCUGAAUGUGGCACGAGUACAGACUAUGAGCCAGUAUGUGGUCGUCCACAUAGUCUGAGACUGGACAGAGACGGACAGCUUAUCGUGGCCGACUCUUAUCAGGGGCUGUUCAAGGUUGACCCUUGGACUGGAGAGAAGACGUUGCUACAUUCCAGCACAGAGGGAGCUGAUGGGAUUCCCUUUGGCUUUCUGAACGGUCUGGAGAUUUAAAACGGAACUGUGUUUUUCACCGACUCCAGCAGUAAAUGGGGAAGACGUCACGUCCGUUACGAGGUGUUGGAGACAAACCGUCUGGGUCGGCUUCUCUCGUAUGACCCCGUGACCGGCCGUGUUCGGACGCUGUUGGAUUCUCUCUACAUGCCCAACGGCUUUGCCUUCUCACCUGAUGAGGACUUCCUGCUCCUGGCUGAAACCAGUAUUGCACAUGUUAUUAAGUUCUGGUUGAAAGGACCUAAAGCGGGCACCAAGGAGGUGGUCCUGAACAACAUGAUCGGUUACCCUGAUAACAUCCGCCUCAGUGACCGCGGCACGUUUUUAGUGGGCAUAACCACUGUUAGAUUCAGAGGACGGCUUUUUCCACCGUUCUUGGAUCUGAUUGGUCCGUAUCCUGCUGUUAAACGCUUCAUAGUGAAGCUCGUUCCUCUCGGCUGGUAUGAUGUUCUGCUGCCCAAAUACGGCUUGAUUCUGGAGCUGGGGUCUGACGGAGAGGUGAUCGACAGCCUCCACGACCCCACAGGCAGCCUCACGUGGGCCGUCAGCGAUGUCUUCCAGCAGGGGACGCACUACUAUCUGGGCAACACUGACCUGCCGUUCCUGCCUGUGCUGGAGGAGUGGAGCUGACUCACACAUGGGAAAACUGGGACUUCUGAUAACCUUUCACUGAGAAUGUAAAAUGAUUUCAUUUUAACAAUGCACCUCAGUCUUGUGAAAAAGCUACAUGAGGUUCUAACUGUGAAUUCUGUGACUUUAAGUCUGGUUAUAAUUGGUCUAACACAGAUGUUUUAACUGUAUUAGUGCCACAAUCUGUUUUGUUUUAUAAAGUUUUUCUGAACUGCAAAAUGCACUGGUCAACGUGCACUAGAAAUGUAAGAUAUGAUCAUUUCGAACAGCUGUUCCCAAUAAAAAACAUUUUCUUAUGCUAA